AGGCCGUGCUGACCCUGGACCCCCCCUGGAGCACCAUGUUUGAGGGGGACAGCGUCACUCUGACGUGCAGGGGGCCCCACUCUUCUGGAAGGACCCACACCUCUUGGUAUUUGGAGGGACAAUCCUUGAACUCAACAGAAACAAACAUCCUGCAUAUUAAAGCUGCAGAAGUGAAAGACACAGGCAAAUACCAGUGCCAGACCAGUGGCUUCACACGCAGUGACCCCGUCCAGCUGACUGUCUCUGAAGACUGGCUGAUUCUCCAGAUUCCUUAUACAGUGUUUGAAGGGGACCAGCUAGUUCUGAGAUGCCGUGGGUGGAAAGACAGAACCGUGUCUGAUGUCAGAUACUACAGAAACGGAACUGACAUUGCACCAAGCCACACAUCUUCUAGUUAUACUAUUCAACAAGCAAAGACCACUGACAGUGGCGGAUAUCACUGCACAGGAUCAGUGGGAUUUGAUUUGUCUAAAAUGUCUCCUAUGGUGCCAAUUUCUGUCCAAGAGCUGUUUUCAACACCAGAGCUGAGGGUGGCCAGUUCCACUGAAACCAGUGAAGGAAGCCCACUGACCCUGAAGUGUGUCACACAGCUUAACCCCCAGAAACCAGACCUAUGGCUUCAAUAUACCUUCUACAAGAGUAGAAGGAUUGUGAAAAGACCAACGAGCUCCCCUGUGUACCAGAUCGCCAAAGUUGGGCUGACAAACUCAGGAUUGUACUCUUGUGCGGUGCGGAUGAUGACCUCAAGCAUACGGAAACAGAGCCCUGAGCUAAACGUCCAAGUUAAACAGCUGUUUUCAACACCGGAGCUGAGGGUGGCCGGCUCAGCUGAAGCGAGGGAAGGAAGCCCACUGACCCUGCAGUGUGUCACGCAGCUCAGCCCCUGGAAAUCAGACCUAUGGCUCCAGUACUCCUUCUACAAGAAUGGAACGAUUGUAAAAGGACUGAUGAGCUCCUCUAUGUACCAGAUCGCCAAGGUGGGGCUGACAGACUCAGGACUGUACUCUUGCAUGGUGCGGGCAGUGACCUCAGACAUAUGGAAACAGAGCCCCAAGCUAAACAUCGAGGUUAAACGAGUCCCCGUCUCUGGAGUCACCCUGGGGGUGCAGCCCCGCCAUGGGCAGGUGGUGGCAGGGGAGCAGCUGGUGCUGAGCUGCUCUGUGGCUGCGGGCACGGGGCCUCUCACCUUCUCCUGGCACCGGGAGGGCUCUGGCCUGGCUCUGUGGACAGCGACUCUGCGCACAUGGAGGGCGGACUACGAGAUCCCUGCUGCCAUGGAGAGUGAUGCCGGGGAGUAUUACUGUGCUGCCUCCAAUGGCCACAACCUGGUCCUGAGCCCACGGGUGACAGUCACAGUGUGGGUCCCAGUGUCCUCGCCUGUCCUGACCCUUAGUGCAGCCGGCUCCUGGGCCGCCAUCGGGGAUGCAGUGGAGAUCCAGUGUGAGUCGCACCACGGCUCGGUUCCUGUGGUCUAUCGGUUUCAUCACGAGGGAGCUCUGCUGGGGACCAGGACAGUCAGUGCCUACGGGCCAGGGUCCAUCACCAUCAACCUGACAUCCGAGAGCGACUCUGGAGCCUACUCCUGCGAGGCUGACAAUGGUGUGGGCGACGGCCCCCAGCGCAGCGCCCUCUCCCACCUUGCCGUGCUAGUGCCCGUGGCUGGGGCCACCAUCACCACCGAUCGGGCACAGCCAGUGCUUAUGGUGGGAGAAAGCCUGAAUCUCAGCUGCUCGGUGCAAGUGGGAACAGACCCAGUGUUCAGGUGGCUUCACAAUGCCCAAGAGUUGGAUGCAGCUUCGGGGCUGGGCCUGCCAAGUCCUGUGGGGCACGUCCUGUAUGUGGAGUCGGUGCAGCUGGGCCAUGCGGGGAAUUACCAGUGCAUCGCCAGCAACCAGCUCAGUCCCCAGAGAGUCUUCCUGGCCCCCAGCGAGAUUCUGGUCAUCACCGUGAGAGGGGAUGUGAGGGCCCAGGUGGCUGUGGGUGUGACUGUCCCCAUCCUGUGCCUGGUCGCUGCCGCUGCAGCUGCCAUCUUCUACAUCAGGCACUGGCAGAAAGCAGAGGAGACAUGUUUCUCUGCCUGGAGGAGGAGCACGCUGGACCCAGAGCAGCAGGAGCCCCCGCCCCAGGAGCUGUCUCCCCUGGCUGCUGUGGGCUCCUCCAAGCUGGAUCCAACAUAUGGAAAUGUGUAUCCCCAGGAGCAAGGGAGUGGAGACGUGGUCUAUUCUGUUGUCAGCAUCAAGAAAGGAGGCAGGGACAGGCCCAUGGGAACCCCACUGAGGAAGAAGGAAUACCUUGUCACCUAUGCUGUGCUCCCCUACUCCAAGCUACCCCGGGAUUCAGCCACCAGAGCAAGGGCAUCAGAAGAGAGAGACCAGCCCAUGAGUGAUAUUUAUGAGAACAUUCUCCGCCCGUAA